UGCUCGCGCUCUCUCGCUCUCACUGCUGUUACAACUACUAUUACUACUACUGUUGCGCUCAUCAUCAACAUUCUACGAGCAUUUUUGUCGCGUUGUUAAAAUUUGCAUUGGAAGUCGGAGGCGGCAGCAUAGGCCGGCAAGUAGUAGAAGAAGAAGCAGACCAAGAUAAACAACCAUCAACAAAAAGCAGUUAGUCUGCGUGCCACAACCAAAUUGCUUCAGAGCCGCAGAAGCAGAAGCAGCAGCCGCAACGCCUCGAAAUGAAUUCCGAGCAUGGAUUCAAUCCAGCCUUCAAUAUGGCCACCAUACGUCAGGCAUUCACAGAGGCUGUCGAAAGAGUCAGAAUGCCGACGCCCACACGAUUGCGUGAUCUUAUACGACAGAUACGCGCCGCCCGCACCGCAGCCGAGGAGCGCGCCGUGGUUAACAAAGAGUGCGCCUACAUACGCAGCACAUUCCGAGAGGAGGACUCCGUCUGGCGCUGUCGCAACAUUGCCAAGCUGCUGUAUAUACACAUGCUCGGCUAUCCGGCGCACUUUGGACAGCUCGAGUGCCUCAAACUGACGGCCAGCACACGCUUUACAGAUAAACGAAUUGGCUAUCUGGGUGCCAUGCUGCUGCUGGAUGAGCGUCAAGAUGUUCAUUUGCUUAUUACGAAUUGUUUGAAAAACGACUUGAACAGCUCGACGCAGUUUGUGGUUGGAUUGGCGCUGUGCACCCUGGGCGCCAUUGCGUCGCCGGAGAUGGCACGUGAUCUGGCUAGCGAGGUGGAGCGCCUUAUGAAAUCGCCCAACACGUACAUCCGGAAAAAGGCGACACUGUGCGCAUUUCGAGUCAUACGCCGUGUGCCCGAACUGAUGGAGAUCUUUCUGCCGGCCACACGUUCGCUGCUCAGCGAAAAGAAUCACGGCAUCCUCAUUACCGGCGUAACGCUCAUUACGGAAAUGUGCGAGAACAGCUCGGAUACGUUGAUGCAUUUCAAGAAGGAUAGCGGAAAUCGAGAGAUCGUGCCGAAUCUGGUGCGCAUUUUGAAGAGCCUUAUUUUGGGCGGCUAUUCGCCCGAACACGAUGUCAGCGGCGUCAGUGAUCCGUUCCUGCAGGUGAAAAUCCUGCGCCUAUUGCGCAUACUCGGCCAUAAUGAUCCGGAUGCCUCGGAGGCCAUGAACGAUAUAUUGGCGCAGGUGGCAACCAACACGGAGACCAGCAAGAAUGUCGGCAACACCAUUCUCUAUGAGACGGUGCUAUCCAUUAUGGAUAUACGUUCGGAAGGCGGCCUGCGCGUCUUGGCUGUGAACAUUCUGGGACGUUUCCUACUCAACUCGGACAAGAAUAUACGGUAUGUGGCGUUGAAUACGCUGCUGCGAACGGUGCACGCGGACACGUCGGCGGUGCAGCGGCAUCGCACAACCAUAUUGGAGUGCCUCAAGGAUCCGGAUGUAUCGAUACGGCGACGAGCGAUGGAGCUAUCGUUUGCGCUGAUCAAUGCACAAAAUAUACGUACAAUGACCAAGGAGCUGUUGCUGUUCCUCGAGAAGGCCGAUGCCGAGUUCAAGGCGCAGUGCAGCUCGGGCAUGAUUCUCGCCGCCGAACGCUAUUCGCCCAAUUCACGCUGGCAUCUGGAUACGCAACUGAGCGUUUUGAUAGCUGCUGGCAAUUAUGUACGCGACGAUGUGGUGUCUUCCACCAUACAGCUGGUGUCCAGCAGUCCCGUGCCAGAGCAAACAUAUAUCACGAAUCGGUUCUGGGAAUCGCUUCAGGUGUCCAAUCACUGUGAGGACAAGCAGCCGCUGCUCCAGGUUGCCGUCUGGGCCAUAGGCGAGUACGGUGAUCUGUUCAUGUAUGGCGCUAACGAAGAUGAGUUUGAACGUCCCACGGAAAGCGAUCUGAUCGCUGUGUAUCAUAAGUUUUUAACCUCUGCUCAAGUGUCGACCACAAGCAAGCAAUAUGCGCUCGUCUCCCUGGCCAAGUUGAGCACGCGCCUGCAACAAUGCGUGGAAGAAAUCCAGGCAUUGAUUACCUCGUUUGGCAGCCAUCUGAAUGUGGAUCUGCAGCAGCGGGGCGUAGAGUUUACGCAGCUCUUUGGCAGCUAUAAGCACCUGCGUCCGCCGCUACUGGAAAAGAUGCCCGCCAUGCAGAUUAGUCGCAUUAGUUCGCAAAAUGGCGAAAGCGGCGGCUCGUUCGAUGACAACAGUCCGGAUGUCAUCGAGAAUGGCGUCGAGAUUGGCGGCAGCAGUACGCAUCCUUUAAUCGAAAGCAAUAUGAAUACAAUGGGUGACAAUACGAAUAUCCUAUUGGACUUAUUGGGUAGCACGGAUUUGUCGGCGGGUGCCAGCGACUUGGCCAUGGCCACAGAUUUAUCAAAUGCGGUGCAUAAAAAGAACACACGCAACGCAAACAACGAUGCGACAGUGUCCAACAAUCAGGAUCUGCUUGAUUUACUCGACUUGGACAUGUCGGCGCCAACCACAACGCCCGUCAUGGGCAUCAAUAUGGCUGCCGAUCCUAGCAGUGCCGCCAACAUGAACAAUAUGCUCGGUGGCCUCGAUCUGAGCGGCUUUGGUGGUGCCAUCGACGCUAUGCCCAACAGCAUACCCACGAAUGGCAAUGAUAUGGCGAGCAUGUUGGGUCGGCUAAACGUUGCCGGUGGCAGCGAUGUCAACAGCAGCAGCCUGCUGGGUGAACUGAAUCCCACGGCGGCAUCCAACAAUGUGACAGUGCCUCCACAGGGCCCCAAGCUAACGGCCCUGGACAAGAACGGACUGCUAGUGCAGCUGGUGCCGGUGCCGGGCAGUGACUGCAUGAAGAUCUUUAUGACAACCACAAAUAGCUCAGACAAUACAUUGGAGCAGUAUGUGCUGCAGGCGGCGGUGCAGAAGAGUUUUAAACUGCAAAUGCUGACGCCGUCGGGCUCUGUGCUGCCUCCAGGUGGCGUCAUCACGCAGGAAAUGCGCGUUGUGGCUACGUCCAAUGCUGUACUGCGCAUGCGUCUGCGCAUUCAAUACACGCUCGAUGGCCAGCAACUGGUGGAGCAGACGGAGGUUAGCGGCUUUCCGGAUCAGCAGCCAUCGAACGAAUAAAUGUGUUUAAUAGCAAGCGUCUAAGCUUAAAGUCUAAAGACAACACACACACACACACACACAUACCGAGCACAGCUAAAUACAGAGGUUGCCACACGCAUAUACUGUAAAAUAAAUUAAAAAAACACCUACGAACACACACAUACACACACCACAAACACACACAUUCACUCAUAUUAAAAGAGACCCAGCUGAAAGUCCGUGUGCAGGAGAAUGGAAGAUGGGAGCAUUGCACAGCGAUGCCAGACUGUCGCAGCGAAUGGUGGACAUGUGUGCGCGUAUCCAGUUGCUUUAAAACAAGAACUACAACUAAACCGCAAACCAUAAUUUAUAUAUACAUAUAUAUAUAUAUAUAUUUAUAUGUAAACCUAUGCCCAUAUGAUUUUUGUGAAAACAUCUUUGCGUGUAUGCAAUUCUUGAUUACUAUUAUUAAUAUUAUUAUUAUGAAUAUGAUUUGCCUUCAUGUGUGUGUACAUGUUUUUUGUGUAAAAGACAACAUUCAGUUUUAAUGUAAGACAAUAAAGUCAUUUAAAAGCGUCAAGCUACAUUAUAUAGCCACUACACUAAAUUGUAAAUUGCAACAAUUAACAAUAGCAGGAAAUUUAUUUUGUUAUACCAUAACAAAACAACAAAUCAAAAAAAAAAAACAAAAACUCAAAAACGCAACUAAAAAUGUGACAAAUUGUGUAUAGCAAAAAACGCAG